AAAGCAGAACAAUGGCUGGGGGUGAGCAGGUGGCCUUGGCCAGCACUCUGCCCCAAAGGCCCUUCGCCAGAGAUCAGGGAUUUGUGUCCCUGCCCAACCAGGACACCUCAGACCUCUACCUGCAGGCCCUGGACCACUGUGACACUCUGGACACAAGGCCUUUCUGCCCCUUGGAUGCUGAGCCCCUUCCCGCCUCUGGAAUUUUGCACUUGGCUAUUGCUUCUGCUCUGCCCAGAACUUCUUCCCUGGAUCCGUGUGAAAUGUCACCUCUUCAGAGAGGCCUUCAGCACUCUUUCCUGCCGAGUUCUUGGUUGAUGGGUUCCUGUCAGCUCCUCUGGACAGGAGUUUCCUGUGCUGUAUACUCUGCCUAGAGACAGUGCCUGUCACACAGCAGGUGGGCAGACCCUCCAUGAGUGGCAGGAAGGGUAGGUGCAUGCUCACGCCGCUCCUGAGUCUGGUCUGGGUUACUCAGAGGCCAGGCUCCAUCUGAGGUGGGUUUGUGCAGGGUAGUGUCAGCCCCUGCAGCCCUCUUAGAGCAUUUCUGCAUUGGAACUGGUUCCAUUGCAGCCUGGGGCCUCCACCAACACAGUGAGGUCGGGGUGGAAAUCAGACUGUGAAAGGUGAAGCCCGAGACUCUUCUCCCACGUCUCUCAGAUGCUGCGAGGCUGCUGCCAAAGAAACAUGAGCUUGCCGGGGCCACUCUAGGGUGCCAGCUGGGAGAAAAGAAAAACAGGCAGCCAGGUGAGGAGGGAGAGCCUUGGGCUGGCUGCAGCCCCAAGCUGGCUAGAGGGCGACAGGCAGCCACCUGGGUGGGACGGACACAAGAAGACAGCCACCCUGUGGAGGUUAUUCCUAGAUACUGGGCAGGAAAGUCAACAAGCAAAUGGACAGGUCAAGCUCAAGCCUCUAAAAGCAAUGCUGGGGGAUGGUGCAGCAAGGUGUUCCUGGAAGUGACCUCAGCAACACAACUUAGAAGAUUAGCAGGACCCAACCUGACAGACCCACACUGCAGGCAGGAGAGGCCAAGCUGCCAGGGGCUCUGUGAUUGGCUGCCGGACGACGGCCUGCACAUGGAUUGGGUGCUUCGGGCCGGGGGGCCGGGCCCAGGGGACAGAAUCCGCCCCCGAACCUUCAAAGAGGGUACCUCCCGGCCAGAGCCGGCAGACCGAGGAGGUGCGACUGACCCGCGGGGCAAACGGGCUGGGGCCGGGAGCCGGGAGCGCGGGCGUAAAGGCACCAGGGCCCGCCCAGGGCUCCCGUGCCACUGGGGAUUCUGGGGGCCGUCGGGCGCGCGUCUCGCCUCUAGCCAUGGGGUCGGCAGCUUUGGAGAUCCUGGGCCUGGUGCUAUGCUUGGUGGGCUGGGGGGGUCUGAUCCUGGCAUGCGGGCUGCCCAUGUGGCAGGUGACCGCCUUCCUGGACCACAACAUCGUGACGGCGCAGACCACCUGGAAGGGGCUGUGGAUGUCGUGCGUGGUGCAGAGCACUGGGCACAUGCAGUGCAAGGUGUACGACUCGGUGCUAGCUCUGAGCACUGAGGUGCAGGCGGCGCGGGCACUCACCGUGGGCGCCGUGCUGCUGGCGUUCGUUGCGCUCUUCGUGGCCCUGGCGGGCGCGCAGUGCACCACUUGCGUGGCCCCAGGCCCGGCCAAGGCGCGUGUGGCGCUCACGGGCGGCGUGCUCUACCUGCUCUGUGGGCUGCUGGCGCUCGUGCCGCUCUGCUGGUUCGCCAACAUUGUCGUCCGCGAAUUCUACGACCCGACUGUGCCCGUGUCGCAGAAGUACGAGCUGGGUGCAGCGUUGUACAUCGGCUGGGCAGCCACUGCGCUGCUCAUGCUAGGAGGCGGCCUCUUGUGUUGCGGCGCCUGGGUCUGCACCGGCCGUCCUGACUUCAGCUUUCCCGUGAAGUAUUCAGCGCCGCGGCGGCCCACGGCUACCGGCGAUUACGACAAGAAGAAUUACGUCUGAGGGCACUAGGCAUGGCGGGGCCCUCCUGCCAGCCACGCCUGCGAUGCACUGGAUGAGCCUGGGGAGCCCCGCAGGGACCACGGCUUCUGCUGGGUCGCACCUCGCGCAAGCUCCGCGGAACGUCCGGCUCUGCACCCAGACGCGAUUCCUGGCCUGCCUGCGCCCGCAGCCGGCCCUCUCCUGCCACCAGCCGGGCCCUACCUUGAACAGGUGGACUUGGACAGUUUCCUUUUCUGUUUGCGGCGCUGUUUCCAUAGGCAGAGCUGGUGUCAGACUGAGGAUGUCACUUUCCCCCGAAGACGCUGGGGGUCUUGGCUGCUGCCUUACUUCCUAGAGACUCCUGCUGACUUCGGAAGGGCGGAUGGAGAGCCCAGGGCCCCCACCAGAGAGAUUUGUACAGCUGGUCUUUACCCCAUUGACGGGGCCUGAGGCCAGGGACCAGUGACUUGGCCGGGACCACCCGGUCUGACUCCAGCAUCUCCCCAGGCAAGGCUUGUGGGCACCGGAGCUUGAGAGCGGGUGGGAGUGGGAAGGCUAAGAAUCUGCUUAGUAAAUGAUUUGAACUCUCUCC